AUGCUUUCAGCUCCCUUGUCUCCCUCAGCAUCGCAUGCUAUCAUCCCUAAAACACCCAUGCGGCGAUUGCUCUACAAAUUCGAUUCGCAUAAACCUAAUAUGGCCUUAGGAAAGCGUACACGCCAUCUCCACCAUGCUUCUACCGGUGUAUCUGAAGCCAACAAUGAAGCACAGGCAGCGACGCUUACAGCAAAUUCCUCCUCAGACUACCUUGACACCGCUGGACUUGCUCACUCUGUCACGGGGACCCAAGAGACCAACACUGAGCGGGCACGCCUUGCUUUUCAACUACACGAUCGGCCCUUGGAUGCUGUAGUUAUCACCACCCUCCCUCGCUAUCCUUUUUGCUGCCACGAGGAUUUGAUUACGAUGUCUCGUCAGCAGCUGGUGGAUGUGGCUACCCUCUUCAACGCCCAACUCCCCAAGACCAUACAGAUAGAUCUAUCUGAUGGUGUGUCAGCUGCGCACAUUCGGCACUGCAUCGAGAGUCUGGUGGGGAUCAUACCAAACAUCCCUGGCGCUCCAAAGGCCGCCAAGUCGAGACAGUCUGGUAGGGUUGGACCGAUCUCCGACCUCUUCUCUGAGGACUCCCAACUCGAUAUUGUUCCCUCUCCUCCGACGAGCCCAUUGGCCGUGCGAUACACUAGAAAACACGAGGUCUCCAAAAUGUCAAGCUCUUCUGUUUUAUUGGAAUCGUUGGAAGAAGAAGACGAAAACAUCCUCUUUUCAAAAAAGAGAGCGUGUAAAAAGAGGAAGCUUUCCGAUUCCCUCGACAUUCCCACCAGGUACGCUUACGACACUGAAGGAGACGAUAUAACACCUAUCCGUCCAUUGAGGCUUUCUCCAAAGGAGGAAUUAUCUUCGUCCCCAGAUAUACACGCUCAAGAGGGAGACAGUACGGGACUUUUAUCUCCGCUGUUAGCCAGGUUGCAAAAAAGGUCUGCUCGGGAUUCUUCUAAAAGCUCUGAGAGUGCUUUACAUUUGAAGACACGACUUCGACCGAGGCCUGGAAUGAGUCGAUAUAGCAGAGACACCCGAGCACAGCAAGUCCAUGCUAUUGGCAUGUACGAGAUGGAGACAUCUUUCCACAGUCUAGGAAACGACAACGAUGCAUGUAUGGAUCUGUCUUGA